ACUUCCGGACUGUGCGUUCCACAUGCAGGAAGUGAGUUUUUAUCGACUUGUGCAGCCUCCCAGUGUCCGUGGAGAUCAGGAACUCCAGCUGUGGGGAACGGAGUCUUUAUUACACAUCACACGUUCUGUAUUCUCUCUGAUUCACAAAGGAUGGACAAGGACAGGAGUCACAGGACUGAGAGGAUAAUUAAUAUCACCCUGGAGAUCAUCUACCUGCUGACUGGGGAGGAUUACACAAUAGUGAAGAAGACAUCCAAUGAGUGUGAGAUAACCAGCAGCCAUCCCUGUGUAUCUGGAGGACUGAGUAGAACCCAGAGCCCCAUCACGGUGCCUCCACCUCACUCACUGACACAUGAAAGACACAAUGACCAGAAGAUCCUGAAACUCGCCAACAAGAUCAUUCAGUUGCUGACUGGAGAGGAGGGGGAGUAUAUAGAGGAACACAGGGGUCUGUACAAGGACGUGAUGAUGGAGAAUCACCGGCCGCUCACAUCACUGGAUGGGCCCAGUAACAGAGAUACCCCAGAGAGAUGUCCCCGUCCUCUGUAUUCCCAGGAUUGUACAGAUGAGAAUCACAGGAUCCCACAGGAGGAUCAGGGUGAAGCCCAAAUAAAUAAUGUUAAAGUCAAAGAUACAGAGGGAGAAGUAGAGACGUAUGUGACUGAUAUGAAGGCAGAAGAUAUAGAGGGAGAAGAAGAGAUGUAUGUGAGGGGUGAUCAGCAGUGUACGGAGGAGGAGAUCCCUACAGAUAUCAGCACAGCAGAUGGACACACAAGCAGGAACAUCUCAGAAGGACAUCUAAUGUUAUCCCUGGAUUCUGAAAUAACCGAUAACGACAGUAGACAGGAUUCUCCAGGAGCUAACCCCAUUACCCCAAUUAUACAUCCAGCUCUAUCAGCUGAUCCCUCUGAUCCUGGGAAAUGUUCUCCUGAUCACUCUGAUAUUGGUGCAUCUGUUACAGCUCUGACAGUAGAUACAGUGUUUCCGUGUUCUAUAGAUGCCAAAUGUUUUACACAGAACACAAAGCCUAUUACCCAUCAGACAGGUAAGGCAGGUGAGAGGCCACUGAUAUGUUCUGAGUGUGGGAAAUGUUUUACAUAUAAAUCAAAUCUUGUUACACAUAAGAGAACUCACACAGGUGAGAAGCCAUAUUCCUGUUCUGAGUGUGGGAAAUGUUUUACAUAUAAAUCAAAUCUUGUUACACAUAAGAGAACUCACACAGGUGAGAAGCCAUAUUCCUGUUCUGAGUGUAGGAAAUGUUUCGCACAGAAAUCAGCUCUUGUUGAACAUGAGAGAAGUCACACAGGUGAGAAGCCAUAUUCCUGUUCUGAGUGUAGGAGAUGUUUUGCAACAAAAUCACAUCUUGUUAUACAUCAGAGAAGUCACACAGGUGAGAUGCCAUUUUCCUGUUCUGAGUGUGGGAAAUGUUUUGCAACAAAAUCACAUCUUGUUUUACAUCAGAGAAGUCACACAGGUGAGAAGUCGUAUUCCUGUUCUGAGUGUGGGAAAUGUUUUGCACAGAAAUCAAAUCUUGUUAUACAUCAGAGAAGUCACACAGGUGAGAAGCCGUAUUCCUGUUCUGCGUGUAAGAAAUGUUUUGCACAGAAAUCAGAUCUUGUUACACAUCAGAGAAGUCACACAGGUGAGAGGCCGUAUUCCUGUUCUGAGUGUGGGAAAUGUUUUGCACAGAAAUCAAAUCUUAUUACACAUCAGAGAAGUCACACAGGUGAGAUGCCAUUUUCCUGUUCUGAGUGUGGGAAAUGUUUUGCAACAAAAUCACAUCUUGUUUUACAUCAGAGAAGUCACACAGGUGAGAAGUCGUAUUCCUGUUCUGAGUGUGGGAAAUGUUUUGCACAGAAAUCAAAUCUUGUUAUACAUCAGAGAAGUCACACAGGUGAGAAGCCGUAUUCCUGUUCUGCGUGUAAGAAAUGUUUUGCACGGAAAUCAGAUCUUGUUACACAUCAGAGAAGUCACACAGGUGAGAGGCCGUAUUCCUGUUCUGAGUGUGGGAAAUGUUUUGCACAGAAAUCAAAUCUUGUUACACAUCAGAGAAGUCACACAGGUGAGAAGCAGUAUUCCUGUUCUGAGUGUGGGAAAUGUUUUGCAUGGAAAUCACAACUUGUUACACAUCAGCGAUUUCACAGAUGAGAAGCCAUUUUCAUGCUGUGAGAGAAAUAAAUCCGCUCUUGUUGAACAUAUUAGACAUUACCAAAGUACAGAACCAUUUCAAUCUUCUGGAGUAUAAUUAUCACUGUCGUGCAAUGUUCCUCAAGGGUGAAUCCGAUCUCCUAUGCUUUAUAAAAUAUACAUGCUACCACUGGGUGAUAUAAUCAGACGUCAUGGCCUGGUCUACCACUGCUAUGCUGAUUACCUGCUUUUUGCUCCAUGUACUGAGAACCUAAUACCAAUAAAUGGUUGUCUAGCUGAGCGCCAGGGGUGGAUGAUGCCAGUUGGCUGUGACUCAGUCUUUGUGAAACAUAAUAGAAGCUCACCAACAAAGGACAAGACUACAGCUUUACCAACCAUCUGGAUUUAUGCUUUGGUGUUCAGAAUCACAAAAUACUGAACGUGUGCUGAAUCUUUGUGUUGUCCUGGUAUGUGGCUGACACAGACAUCAGGUAUCUGCCACAUACAAAUCCUCAUUCUUCCAUCUGUGGACCAUAGCCAGAAUCAAGCACUUGAUUCCCUCAGAAGUUCAUAGACUACUGCAAUGCCAUCUACCUGGGUCACCCAGCAAAAGAAUUACAGAGCUUGCAGCUAGUACAGAAUGCAGCAGCCAAGCUGUUACCUAACCAGCUCAUUCCUGCCACAUAACACCCAUUCUCUACUCCCUUCACCAGCUGCCUGUAAGAUGACAAAUCUAUUUCAUUAUUGGCUAACUGACCUUCCCAGCCCAACAUUACAUGGUCCAAGGUGCUAGAAGCAGCUUCUGCCUCCUUACUGCCCUGCUUGCUUGCUGGCUUCUACAGAUGGACUGUUACCAGCAGUACCAAGAAUCUCCUGUCAUUCAUUUAAGGGUUGAACUUUUAGCUUUGCAGCCCUGACCAUGGAACGUACUGCCUUGCACAGUCCAAGAGGCCACCACUCUAGAGACCUUCACAAGCAGACUGAUGACUGUUACUCACACUUUUCAUUAAUGUACCUCUAUUUACUUCCUAAAUAAUACAUCCCAAAUGCUUAGGUCUUUUUUCUGCUGUUUAUUUUGUAUCUUGUGCUUUGUGUAAAUGUGAAUGUCUAAUACCAGUUUGCACAAUCUGUAUUGCUGCACGACAAUAUGGCGGCCAUUGGAACGUGUUUUCACUUCUAGUUUGCCUAACUUGUUGCAGUCACUCAUCUUGAUAAGGAGUGCCGAGUGUUUUCAGAUACAAGAUCCUAUCCAUAUAUACCCUGUACAUUACCAUGUGCAUUAGAGUCACCCGGGUUCCAUCUGCGGUGGUUUGUUGUAUGUUACAUCUAUAUGGUGCGGAUACUCCCCUGUAUUUCAUAAUAAAAGCUUUUGUUUGCAUCUAA